AAAGUUAAAAGUUGAUGUUUGGUAUUUCGGUUUGAAAAGAUGUCGUUCAAUAAGGGCAUCGGCAGUGUGGAGUACAUGAAGAAAAGGAUACCGAGAAAUGAAAAGUAUCAACAUGUCAAAACCAGGCUGGACACAGGAUGCAGCCUGACAAAGUACAUGGAGAGACUGGAGGACAUUAAAAAAAAUUACAGGUAUCGAAAAGAUGAAAUCUUCAAGCGGUUAAAGGUGACAACAUUUGCACAGUUGAUACUUCAGGUGGCCUCUGUAUCAGACCUGAACGAAAGUGAGCUCAAUGGCGAAUCACACGGCCCAGAUGAUGGUCUGUCAGUGGUGUCUGAUGCAGACCUGGAGUGUCUGUCUGAACACACCAACGGCUCCCCGCAGCCGCCUCCAUCAGAUCGCCAGGAUGCAGGAGACACCAGGGAAAUGUGCUACUCUGCCAGGUCCACACUGCUGAGUGUCAUUAGUGGUGUUGGAGAGAUGAACCUCGACAGACGUCAUCAGAAGACGGAGAAUGAGUCGGUGUCCAACCCCGAGCCAGCUGACCGCCCCUACCCCGACUGCCCCUACCUGCUGCUGGACGUACGGGACCGCGACCAGUACGACCGCUGCCACAUCAUCAGCGCUCACAGUUUCCCCAUCGCCAUGCUGUCCCGAACAAUGAACCCCUACACCAAAGACGUGCUGGAAUACAAAAAUUCAGCGGGGAAGAUCAUCAUCAUGUACGAUGAAGAUGAGAGAGUAGCCGGACAGGCAGCCACCAUCAUGUGUGAACGAGGAUUUGAGAAUCUGUUUUUGUUGUCUGGAGGUCUCAAGGUCAUCGCUCAGAAAUUUCCAGAAGGGAUGACAACAGGCUCCUUCCCGACCUCCUGCCUGUCCUCUCCCACGUCACGGAAGGGGAAGAUCUCUGCGCCGCUGCAGCAGCCGUCACAGGCAGCAGAGAAGAGGUGGCGGUUUACAUCAGACGAGCUGAACAAAGUCCAGGAGCAGCUGGACGAAAUCCUCAUCCCCAGUAACUCCAACAGCCGCAUGUCCAGCCGCAUGUCGACCAGCAGCUCUCAGUCUAAAGCGUCCAGCGCUCGGAGUCGACAGAGUUCCUCUACAGCUGGCAGGGACAGCGCCAGAGUUCAGAGCAGCAGACCCUGGAAAUAACACCACCUCCACAUCCUGUUCCCCCCAACCACACAGAUACACACAAACAAACAUACCUCCAACACAACAUCCAUUUAUUUCAGGAUCCAUAACUGUCGCAGUCUGAAAGUAAUCCUCCCAGAGACAGGCAGGAAACAGCACAGAUACUGUAUCACAGCAACUUUUAAUCCAGAAUUUUCUCUGACACAGCUACUGAAAAUAAAUUCUUGUCAAAUUUUAAAACCAACGACCAAAAAAUAAAACUCUAAUUAGGCCUUAAUGAACAACAGUAUCAAAUUAAAGACAAAAAAUCUGUAGGAAAAGAACAAAGAAAUUCUGGAGCUUUCUGUCAGACUGAAGUAUUUUCCCCUCCAUGUUUUUCAUUUUCUUGUAAUAUUCAAUAAAUGGUGUGUAUUUGAAUGUUUGCACAGUGCCUCGUCUGUGAACCUGAAAUCUGAUGGAUCUUUUUGCACUCAAAUUAACUUUGUGACACUACUCUCAUGCUUAUUUUUCAACAGCGAAUGAGCAGAUAAUCAUUUCAUUCUUUUUUAAUAUUAUUAUGUCCAAAAAAGGUCACGUUAGCUCCGUCAGUAUGAGCUGUUAAAUAAAUGGCAUUCCUAACCGAGUUUUCCACUGCAGAAUGUUAAGAUGAUAUGAAGGAUGUGCUGUGAAUCUGUGUAUUACAUGAGAUGGAAUUUCUAUAAAUAUUGUUACAGAGCCUGAGAAAAGCUGUGCUGUAUUUUUGUAAUUUUCCCCAUGAUGUCUUAAUGUGAUUCCUAAACUGACGGUAGACAAACAGCCUGUAUGUGAGGCCUUUUCAUUCACUUAUGCUGUUAUGUGACUGGUUUUCUUUGUGUGUGUGUAGAUUAAAGUACUGUACGCUGUCAUCACACUAACUGACUCAUCGAGGCCUUCGCAGUGUCAAAGGUCAAAGAGAGGAAACAUGGCUGUAACCAAGGUACAAGCAGCACUUCAGGGCCCACAGAUGCAUUUAAAGACAGUAUUUCUGAUUUGUGGCCUUUUGUUUGGUUGCAGUGACUCAUUGCAUCGUUCUGGAUUCACUCACACACUCACAGUCUCCUAUGAAGUGCAUUUAAUAAAAAUAUGGACCGAAUGAUGUCUUCACCAUCGGUUUACUCACAUGAACGAUGUGAUCACAUGAUUGUGUUUGUAAAUGAAUGUUAAAUAAAGUGUAUAAUUGUUUGCUC